CGGCAUGUGACUUUCGUCAUGUGAGCGGGUGACCGGAUCGCGGAUCACUUAUUUGAACCUUGCAAGUGUUACGAACACUUACGAGUGCUCCGGCGAAUACAGAUUGAGAGUGAUCGGAGAUGGAAGUCAAGUCAAAAUUAAAUACCGUGCCAGCUUGGGUCGAACUCCAGACAUACUUUGACAAGAAUGGAGUACAAAUAAAUAUUAACGAACUGUUUCACCAAAAUCCAAACCGCUUCGAGAAAUUCAGUUUAACAUUGGAGACACCAAAUGAUGGAUCAAUCUUGCUCGAUUACUCUAAAAAUCGAAUUACCGAGGAAGCGUUAAACCUCUUAAUUAAAUUGGCAACUGCACGGCAAAUAGAACAGGCAAGAGAUGCAAUGUUUUCGGGACAGAAAAUUAAUUUUACUGAGAAUAGAGCCGUUUUACAUACAGCUUUACGUAACAGAAGUAAUAAACCUAUAUUGGUCGAUGGCAAAGAUGUUAUGCCGGAUAUCAAUGCUGUAUUGGAACAUAUGAAACAAUUUACCAAUCAGGUCAUAACGAAAGAGUGGAAAGGCUUUACCGGUAAGCCAAUUGAAGAUGUCGUCAAUAUUGGUAUUGGAGGCUCCGAUUUGGGACCCUUGAUGGUAACCGAAGCCUUGAAACCCUAUCAUAUUGGUCCAAGGGUUCAUUUUGUCAGCAAUAUAGAUGGAACUCACAUUGCAGAAACUUUGAAAAAACUAAAUCCAGAGACAGCUCUUUUCAUAAUAGCAUCAAAGACCUUUACCACUCAGGAGACUAUUACCAAUGCUACAUCAGCCAAACUAUGGCUUUUGGAACAUUUAAAAAGCGAAGCUGCAGUUGCAUCACAUUUUGUAGCUUUAUCCACUAAUACACAGAAAGUCAAAGAGUUUGGUAUCGAUGAAAAAAAUAUGUUUGGAUUCUGGGACUGGGUAGGAGGUCGAUAUUCAUUAUGGUCUGCAAUUGGUCUGUCAAUAUCGUUAUCAAUUGGUUUUGACAAUUUCGAAAAGCUACUAAGUGGUGCUUAUUUUAUGGAUCAACAUUUUUGCAGUGCUCCUUUAGAAAAAAAUGCUCCAGUUAUUCUUGCAUUAUUAGGGGUCUGGUACCAUAACUUUUAUAAGGCUGAAACUCAUGCGUUAUUACCAUACGAUCAAUACUUACAUAGAUUUGCAGCUUAUUUCCAACAAGGUGACAUGGAGAGUAAUGGAAAAUAUGUUACUCGUUCUGGUGAAACUGUAAAUUACUCAACUGGCCCGAUUGUGUGGGGAGAGCCUGGAACUAAUGGUCAGCAUGCAUUCUAUCAAUUAAUUCAUCAAGGCACAAGACUAAUUCCAGCAGAUUUCAUUGCUCCUGUCUUGUCACACAAUAAAGUUCAAGGAACAUUACAUCAUAAGAUUCUUCUUGCAAAUUUUUUGGCUCAAACUGAAGCUUUGAUGAAGGGAAAAAAUCAAGAGCAAGCCAAAGAUGAACUACAAAAAUCAGGAUUAAGCCCUGAGCAAGUAAAUGCAUUGUUACCUCAUAAGGUAUUUGAAGGAAAUCGACCCACAAACAGUAUUAUUGUUAAAGCUGUUACUCCAUUUACUCUCGGAGCAUUGAUCGCUAUGUAUGAACAUAAAAUCUUUGUGCAAGGAAUAAUCUGGGACAUUAAUUCGUUCGAUCAAUGGGGCGUGGAAUUAGGCAAGCAAUUGGCCAAAGCCAUUGAACCUGAAUUGAACAACAAUGAUGUUAUCACCAGUCAUGAUUCUUCUACAAAUGGAUUAAUCGCGUUUAUUAAAGCUAAUAGUUCAUAAGUAUAUUUUUCAUUCAUUAGCAAUGAUUUUGGAAAAGAGCUAUCAACGAAGAUAUUACCAUUGUUGUAUCAUGACCGAUCCGUUACAUCCCUGGCCCCUUCCACAAAUGGCCUAGUCUCUUUUAUGAAAACUCGAACUUGCAUGUGCCCUGCAAAGUUUUGUGACUCCAUGGAACCAGAACCAAAUUUAUUUUGACCUGUCCUGUCACCCUGUGUACUCGUAAAGUGACCUAAUUGUCAUACUAUAUUUUAUGUACUAUAUAUAAAUGUAGACAUUCGUAUAUUAUUUACAUAUAAUUAGUGAGUAUUAAAUUAUAUCCGUGUCUAUUUUGUCUAUGUAAACGUUUACAAAGUGUUGUCAUAGUAACAGUAAUUUUAAAAAAUGAAGCUCGAACAAAUUUGUUCUUAGAUAUUUACUUAAAUUUAAUGAUUAAGUGUGAUAAUUUUUGCUUUACCUAUUUGUUCGGUGUAUUCAGUUUAUACAUGACUUUUUAUAUGUUUCUUGAGUAUGUUAUCCAUUUUGUAAGUCUUUUCAAACUGAAUAUUUAUAUUAAACCAUUUAAUGUAUAAAUGGAUCCUAUAGUGAUGAUAAAAAAUCAUGAAAUCAUUA